AUGUCGGGAUCUAAUCGAGAGAAAAGGCAAGUUGAAUAUGCGUCGUCGUCGUCGUCGUCGUUUUCUUUUUUUGGACGUGAUGCGAGGCAGGGUCGUUGUCGAAGGUUCAAGGGAGUAAGGAUGCAGGGUGGGGAUAACCUUGUUCUGAACCGCUUCCGUCUGGCUGGCCGGAGAUGCCGUUGGGGGAAUGAAGAGAGAUCGGGGGGAGAUGGGAUCAAAGCGUUCAUUGAGAUCUGCGGCCGAUGUACGGAUUUAAGUGGAUUAAUUUCAUUGACACAUGAGCUGUUUGUCAAGCUCAAGUCGAGUCCAGAACGGAUCUUGGGUUGGAGCACAGAUCUUGGCUUGGCUUAUCUUUUAAAGUGCCCCGCGCUCUUACCUCUCUUUCCCUUUUUCACAACAAUGAUGCCGUCCCCCGUCAGUCCAACCUUUACAAACUUUUCUGCACCUUCGCCCUACUCGGAGCCCAGCCCUAUAUCAGACCCAAAUUACGACAGCCCAGUAGACCAGGACUAUCCUGUCUAUCCACCUUUAUACGACGGGAACAUGAUGACUUGGUCCCCAGAUAACAAGAAGCACCAUCAUCGUACUCUUCGCAACCCUUACACUACCUAUGACCUUGCCAUGCUGUACAUUCCUCCACGACACCCUCCCGUCAUUCACUCUCCAGUACCAUCCCAUCCCAUCCAGCACCACCAGCACCAUCACCACCAACAACAACCCAUGCAUCAACAACUCCCACCCAACGACGCCCUAUUCGACGUCGACCUCGAAGACUGGACUUCUCCCCCCGUCAACUCCCUACACGCCCAAUUCCCCUCAACCCACACCCACACCCACACCCACUCCAUCUCUCUCGCACUUCCACAAUAUCCUCCUCCUGCCGCCCCAAGAGUCAAGCGCGAAGAAUUAGUACCCGCUUUCACCGGAUAUCAUCACCCCUCAUCGGCCCACUACGAUCUCUCCGGCGUUCCAAUCCAAAACAACCAUGAUCCGUACGUCCAUCAUCAACAACAAGUCUCACCUACGACAACGAAUGGGACGUAUUAUUCACCGCCUUUUCAACAACACCACCACCACCACCAGCAGAUUCAUCACCAUCCGCAGCAGCAGCAGCAGAAUUACGUCGUCCCCGCUGAACUGUCCCCCACCUCCCCCGUAUCCUCAUCCUCGCCUCUAAGUCCUCGGUACGCCGAUUUGUCGCAUACCAAUGCGGUGGUAUGUGACCCGCGCUUUGUUUCCGGCUCACACGAGGACAUGCUGUUGAAGGGGAUGCUUCUUGGCGGGGACGACGGGUCCGAGUCGUGGCACGGCGAGCGGCGGUGUUCGCUUACCAGUUUGGAGAGCGAGGCUGAGGAGGGGGAGAGGGAUGCGGAAGGGGAGAUGGGUGAUGCUGAUGCGGAUGGGGAGGAUGAUUGGGAGCAUCAGCACCAGCAACAGCCUGCCGUUUACGACCAGCAGCCACAGCGGGAAGACCCUGGAGAGGAAGAAGCGCCAGAGGACGAAGAGAGUGAAGAAGAGAAGGAAGAUGAUUAUUACGAGGACGACGAGGAGAGUGUGGAUGAUGACGAUAACGACGGGGAAUUCGUCCUGCGUACACGCCGAAGACGCGCCAACACCUCUUCUUCCGCCGUCUAUCCCUCUUCCUAUCCAUACGUAACGGAAGGCCGGAACCUUCGCUCACGCGCUUCGUCGAGGUAUAACCCCUACCCAAGCUACGCUGGUUCUUCGGCAAGCGAUAAUGGUGCUGCGUCUUAUUCUGAGGAUAACCCCAACGCAUCAAGAAGACGCCCAUCUACCUCAUCACCACCCCUCUCCUCCUCCUCCUCCUCCUUCCCCACACGCACCCUAACCUCCAAAACUCCCUCCCGCACCCGUUCCUCCAGCGCAACCACAACAGCAACAUCAACCCUCCCCGUCCCCGUCCCCAACCUGACCAAAAAAUCACGUGGACGGCGGGUACCCACUGUAUCGUCCCUCGAGGAUCUGAGGAGCGCCGCGAGCGGUGCCGGAAGAAAGAGGCAGCAGCAGCAGCAGGGACCGGGGAAGGGCGCGAGGAUGUAUUUAUGUGAUGUUGAAGGGUGUGGGAAGUGUUUUGCUAGGGGGGAGCAUUUGAAGAGACAUGUGCGGAGUAUACAUACUUAUGAGAAACCGCAUACGUGUCCUUACCCGGGGUGUGGCAAGGAUUUUAGCAGGCAUGAUAAUCUUGGCCAGCAUAUGAGGGUUCAUAAGGAUUAUGUGCCGACGAAGGGUGGGGCUUGA